ACAAAAACAGUACAUUAAAGUCAAAUCAUAUAAACCAUGACUGAAAAUUCAACAUCUAGAAAGUCAUCAAUUGAUCACCAGGAACAUCAUGAUGAAGACCAUCUGCAAUCACCAGAUGCACAUCGUGGCAAGAACAGAACAUCAACCGGGAAGAGAAAGUAUCAUCUGAAGUCAAGAAAUGGAUGUUCUACAUGCAAGAGAAGACGUGUUAAAUGUGAUGAAGUUAGACCAAUCUGUACCAAAUGUAAGAAUUUGAAAUUGGAUUGUGGUUAUUUACAUGAUGAUUCUAAUCAAAAUAGCGAUAGUCAUCACCAGCAACAACAACAACAACAACAACAACAACCAUCACCUCCUACAAAAAAGAGAAAAUUCAGCAAGAGUGGGGAGACAAUUAAAACUCAACAGGCAACUCCCUCAUUGACUCCCAGUCCUAGCGUUAUUCACGAUAAAGUAAAGACGGAGUCUGUGACUGCAGCAGUACCAGAACCUUCCCUUGCUCAGCUGAUGCAGCAAACGCAACAACCUCAACCACAACAAGCACCUCCAAACAACACAUUGAAUGCAUUAGCUUCAGGAUUAUUAAGCGCGGGCAAUUUGAACAAUAUUAAUGUCGCCCGGCUAGUCAAUGAUUUAUCAAGUAUGAGUGACUUGUCUGCAUUGAGUAAUUUAGGAAGCAUGGGUAAUUUAGCUAAUCUUUCAAGCUUGGCUACCUUGGCUCAAUUUCCCAUCGAUUUGAGUAAUUUAGGAUCAUUGCUUGAUUCUGGUGGAUUAGCCGCUGGUAUGGCAGCUGCUGCCACCGCUGCUGCUGCUGCAAGAAUAGUUCCACCAACCUCAUCAUCUAGUGCUACUUCAACAGCUAUGCCAAGUGCUUCAUCUUCUACGCAUGGAAAUAACAAUACAGUCACGCCAUUAACUCCAAACACCAGCCUGUCGCUUCUUAGUGAAAUUGAAGCAGAGCAACAGCAAAUGGGAUACGCAAAUUUAGCUAUGCCCAAGAACAAUAUAACCGAUCUUCCUGAUUCUAAUCAAGCAAAUGGCGAAGAAAAUGGUUCAGUCCCCCCAUCUAUUCCCCAAUCCAAUCUCAAUAUGCAAGAUCUUCGCUUAAUGUUUCAUUAUACUUCCCAAGUUGCCAGCACGAUUACUGGAGCUGGGAUUUCCGAUACGAAUAUUUGGAAUUUUGAUAUUCCCAUGUUGGCAUUUAACUACCCUUUUUUAAUGCAUUCGCUUCUUGC